GUUUCUGGGCACUUUCAAAGGCAGCCCAACGCAGAGUAUGUUAACAGUAAUCCACACAGGGAUGCAACUAAAGUGUGCGCCGCUAUGGCCAGAUCAGUUUUAGUUCCCUGAUGGAAGCCCUGCCCAGUCUCUGGCAGCCAAAAGAGGCCAGUAGUCCUGCAUGGCUGAAGGCUGGUGGAGUCCUCUGCCUGCCUGCCACCCUCCCUGCCCUUGGAGCAGGUUAACAGAGGCUCCCUUGCCAGGCAAGGCCCUGGCGAGGGAGCUUCUGUGGCUGCUACUUUGCUCCCUGGGGGGACCUGAGGUGAGAAGGCUCCUGUCCCUUCCAUCUUGCAACAACAGCCUGAGAUUCACCUAACCCAACGGAACGGCUAAGCUCUCUAUUUCUGCCGGGUAAGAGGGUUAAAGAGGCAGAUUUGGCUCCUGACAUAAUCAGGCAGAAAGGCAAGUGGAGGGGAAAGGAGCACCAUCCCCCCACCCCAGGAAGGCCAAUCGCUGGUCCCAAGGAUCAAAGGUGGAGGCAGCGGGUUGCCAGUUGGCCAAUCUCAGCCUCUCAGCUAAUUGGCUUUCUCUUUGCAACCGCUUUCUGGAGAGCAGGCUCCACCUGGUCCCAGGGAUGCGCUGCUGAGCAAAGGGCUGGGCCCACGGAGCCAGGAGCAGAUGACUGGGGGACGAGGGCAGGACGUCCAGCCGUUCCCUUGGGGAGCUGGGGGCACCGGGAACAGAGGAGGAGGGAUGGUGCCAGGCUACUGCAAGGCCCAGAUUUGCUGCUGCUGCGGCCCAGCCCCUUGCACCUUGUGCUGCCCCUGCUGCCCCGGCAUCAAGGUCUCGACGGGGACCCGGCUCCUCUACAUGCUCUUCCACAUCCUGGCUUGUGCCAGCUGCUGCUUCAUGCUCUCCCGCACUGUGGCCGAAGCCAUCAAGGAGAACGUGCCUUUCUACGCAGUGCUGUGUGAACACCUUCCUGGGGGCAGUGACUGCGACAUCCUGGUGGGCUACUCAGCCGUCUACAGGGUCUGCUUUGGCACCGCCUGCUUCUACCUGGGCCAGGCAGCCUUCUUGGUCAACAUCAAGUCCAGCAGCAACGUCCGCGCCCUCUUGCACAAUGGGUUCUGGUUCCUGAAGCUCCUCAUCCUUGUGGGGCUCUGCGCAGCCGCCUUCUUCAUCCAAGACCAGCGCUUCCUCCGAGCCUGGCACUUGGUUGGUGUCUGCGGAGGCUUUGCCUUCAUCCUGGUCCAGCUGGUGCUGAUCACAGCCUUUGCCCACACCUGGAACAAGAACUGGCUGACAGGCGCCUCCACGGACAAGCGCUGGUACCUGGCUAUCUUCCUGGCCACACUGGGCUUCUACACCAUAGCCUCCACCGCUUACACUUUCCUGUACAAAUUCUACACCCACCCAGGCGGUUGUUUCCUCAACAAGGGGCUGCUGGCCUUCAACGGUGCCCUGUGCCUCCUCAUGUCCUUCAUCUCCAUCACCCCCUGCGUCCGCCUGCGACAGCCAAGCUCCAGCCCCUUACAGGCCUCCAUCAUCUGCUGCUACGUCAUGUACCUGACCUUCUCCGCCCUGUCCAGCCGGCCACCAGAGAAAGUGCAGUACAAGGGGCAGAAUCUCACCAUCUGCUUCCCCAGUGUGAGCAAGGACGGGAUGCAGACUGAGGACACAACGGUGGCUAUCCUGGGGGCUGGGGUCAUGUACGCCUGCGUCCUCUUUGCCUGCAAUGAAGCAUCAAUGCUCGCUGAGCUGUUUGGACCUCUGUGGAUGGUCAGGAUCUACAGCUUUGAGUUUAAGAAGGCGUCCUGUUUCUUUUGUUGCCCUGAUAAGAUGGAAGAGGAGGUAGCAGGGCAGAGAGGUGAGCAGGAAGGGUCCCCAGUGGAGCAGCAGAUUGUGCACGGCGACCCUGUGGUCUACAGCUACUCCACCUUCCACUUUGUCUUCUUCUUGGCCUCGCUGUACGUCAUGAUGACUCUCACCAACUGGUUCAGCUAUGAAAAUGCGGUGCUAGAGACCACCUUCACUCACGGCAGCUGGUCCACCUUCUGGGUUAAGGUCUCUUCAGGCUGGGCCUGUGUCCUUCUCUACCUCUGGCUUCUGCUGGGCCCGCUCUGCCUCCCAGGCUCACGCCAACGCAACAACACCUCCCUGCGUGUCUUCCGGCGUCAGCGGCGCAACCUUCACCGCAUCAGUGUUGCUACGUAGCUGCUGCUGCCGCCACUGCCAAAAGGGCCUGGAGGCUCUUUUGCUUUUGCCACAGCCUGCCGUGGGCUCAGCCGCCUGCCACGAUCACCAAAGGCCGGUGCCAAGAGACCCACCUGGUGCCAAGAGACCAGGCCUGGUCCGAAGACUGCCUGCCACUGGGUGCUGCAUGUGAAGGCCGCCCACGAUGCCACAUCUCAGUUCUGGCCACGGCAUGCCUUGCCCCAGCGGGUACCUUUAAUGUGAACGAGCCAGCAGAGUGGGGGCUCAGAGGAGGCAGUUGCUUUAAUGGAAGGAGAGGAUAAGGGUGGUGCCGAUGCCCAUCCAUCCAUCGUCCCCCAGUGUUGGUGGCGAGGCUGGACAAAAUACGAGGCAGAGCUCCAAGUGGCAAAGUCCCACUAAUAUGGACCAGAGAACUCCAGAGAGAGGAAGGAGGAGGGUGCACACAAAGAAUCAGACACAGGAACACAGCGCCUCUCCCCAGUUCUCAGCCAUUAUCAGACACUGCAGGGUAUUGGCAAUGAGCAACAUCUGACCUGUUGGGGGGUGAGGGGGCCUCCUGCUGUGGCACCUCUUCCCAUGUGUACAGGUGGUGGAAGGAUGAUCCUGCCAAAUGGGGGGAGAAGGGUCCUGUUGCGGUGCUGCUUAACAAGGAGAGACAGACCCAAAGGGCUGGUGCUCAUUGUGGAUGUUGCAUUUGAUCUGCCAAUAAAAUCUUGUUCAACUGUAA